UUUGUGCUGCGACAUUUUGCGUUCAGUCAGUGAAGUGGUGAAGUGCAAGAUUACGCGACAUAAAAUAUGCGAAUAAUUAAACAAUUUUUGUAUUCUACAAAAUCAAACUAAAUUCCAAUUUUUGUAAAGGAUAAAAACUAAUAACAAACACUACGUGAAUGUUUGGCGAAGUUGUGUGUUUGCUGUUUACAAGUGAUAAGCCACAGUCUAAACAAGAAAAAUACGUGUACAUCAGAAGUAUUGACUCGAAAUUGUUCGGUUCAAUGCACACUCAUAUUGAAUAGAUUUAACAGUAAAAAACGAAAAAGUUCGUUCACCCACAAUAACGCAGCAACGAAGUCGGCAGUCAUCAUUUCAACCUCCACCUUCAUACUUCUGAACGCAUCAUAACACAAUCGUAAAAUAUAGAAGCGCCAACGACUAAAUAACAACAAUUUUGUGGAGAGCUUUGGUCCGUUUAUACAUUUCAUUCGAAAUUUCCUCAGUCAAAGCAUUUUUACAUAAAGAAAUUUAUUGGUGCUGAGACUGUAGAACAAUAUUGCAACUCAUUACCUUGACAGUAACAGCACUAAGAGAAUAGGAAAGUCGGUGAAGGAAGUGGACAAGAAGCUGCUCUUUUGUUAAUCACAAAGUAAAUAAAUACAAUAAACAAAAAACAUUAAAUCGGAUUCUAUACAAAAUAUAAAUAUUAAACUGAAGGCGAACUGAAUAACGUCUUUUAUUUGGCAUGUCAUCUGCGGAGGAGCAAAAUACUAAGAUGAAUGAAUUAACGCCGGAAGAGAUACGCGCACGGCGUUUGCGUACCUUAGCGGCAGCUAAUUCGUCAAAAGUAAAUUCACCAAUUAGUAAUACAGCUACAACGCCAGAAAGAAGCGCAAGUACUACCACAACAACACCAGCAGCAGCAACGGACGAAAGUGAAAAAGAAUUUCGUAGUCCAAAUUAUGUUGCAAAGGAGUCUCGCCUGUUGCGUACCAAUCUCGUAGCAUCUACGGAAACACAGCCAGAAAAUGUGCUUCCGGUUGCAGAAAGCACUAAAAUGGACGUUGACGUCGAAAUGAAUUCCUUGACUACUACACCUACGCAGAAUAUGGAGAUAACAAAAUGCUCUGCCAUCCUUGCAACUGCCUCAUCAACAAGUACGUCCGUACUGACACCACCAACUGAUAGUAUUAUGAAAUUAGAACACGGCAAUCAAGAUAGCAAACAAUGUCUUGACAACAAAUUAGAGCACAUGGAAACCGCGGAUGAACAACUGGGUACGGCAGAUAUGAUUGUUGAGCAUAAACAACCAGAACAAACGACUGAUGAGCACAUCGAAGAUAUGCUUUCGAAAAUAUUCAAUGCUACUUGGAAUGAAUAUAGUGUCGGUUCGAUGAUAUGUCUGGAAACGGCAAGUUUUCUUGAACACUAUCCGCAUAUGCGUUUCGAUUUCGAAACCAUUAUGCAUGAUGUUCUCUUAGAGUGUGUACUAAAGUUAUUUAAAGAGGAAGUGGAGGCGCCAGAUGGUCCAGCUGGUAGCAGUGCGAAUACGUCCGCAGAAUUGGAAUUUGCGUCAGCAAGUGGCAGCGUUUCAGCAACGGCUGUAAGCGCGGCAGACACUAAAGCAACCACAUCAACAAGUCCAUUGGCAUCGACUUCUACAGCGACAACAUCAACCGGUGCGACAUCGAAUCCCACAUACUCAACGCCAAAAAAGAUUAAAAGCGAUGACACCGAAGUACAGGAGAUUUUAGCAAACGCCGCGCCAGGCAGUGCUGGUGGUACGCGUUCGUCAAUUUUCUUUUCCGAAAAUGCAAUGACCAGUGGCGGCCGCAGUAGUAGUGCACGCGAAGACGAUCGCCCGGCGUCAUCACAAGCAUCAACAUCAACUGCCGCCAAUUUGGAUAAUGCAACCGGUCCAAUACCGUCUUCAACCAACCUGCGUGGCACCAUGAUCAAGCAAGAGGUGAUCUUGUAUUUGGUAAAUUGUCAUCGCCUGCGACAGCAAACUUUGACGGAUAAUAACGUUAGCGGCAGCAAUGUACCCAUUGAGACACAAACAAAAAUUCAAAAUAUAUUACAACAAGUACACGAUGCUAUAAUGCGUACCGCUAUACUUGUGCUCACCGAUCGCAUUUACGAGAAUCCAAAUCAAAUUUUCGAUCAAUCACCACUGCUAGAAAUGCUCUAUCAGGGUCGCAUUCCCGACGGUUUUCUAUACGAUUUGGUGGCAACGGCGCAUAAAAACACAGAGGAUUUUCAACAAAUAUUUGGUCAAAUAUUACGCGGUCUCUUCAUCGGCAUGCAACGUAACAUUUGCACAUCCACCAUUAACACACAACAAAUUGAUGUGCUAGCCAAAUUGGUGGUCAUCAAAGUGGGUUCGGCGCGUCCGAUUUGUGAUUUGAUAGCAGCACAAGUGAACUUCCUGCCAGCAAUGUGUACACAGAUACCCGGUCGGGAAAUAGUUAAAUGCAGUUAUCUGGGACCAUUUCUCUCCGUAUCGCUCUUUGCCGAGGAGAAUGUGAAAUUUGCCGAAGCGCAUGGCAAAAGCAAUGUCAUCGUCUAUAGCAUGUAUCACUUUCGUUGGGAAAUGCAAUCCAUGCGCACAUCCAUGCAUACAGUAUUCCAUUCGUUGCUUGUAAACGUCAAUAGCCGCCCCAAAACACUCGAAUACAUAAGUCGGGUAUUGCGCUACAAUGAGCGUCGUGCACAGUUCGCUUGCGAUGAGAAAUUGCUUGCACGCGACGGUUUCAUCAUUAACUUAAUGAGCGUGUUGCAACAACUGUCGGUGAAAAUCAAAUUGGAUCGCAUCGAUCCGUUAUUUCCAUUUUAUAAAGACACACUGAUCUCCAUCGAGAAUGAUACGAAAUUACGUUUCACCGCUGAUGAAUACAAGCAAUUCAUUGAACGUGAUUUCGCCACAGCCAAUCAUAAUGCCAAUUUCCAGACGCAAUGUUGGUUCCUCACGCUACAAGCACAUCACUUGGGCUAUAUGCCGGCCAUACAACGCUAUCGGCAGAAGGCGCGUGCUAUAAAAGAAUUGCAAAAACUCAUCGAUGAAAUUGAUCGUACCAAAUCGCAUUGGGAGAAUACACCGUAUGCGAAGAGGAAUAAACAAUUUCGUGAACGUUGGCAUAAGCAAUUGAAAAAGUUGACCAGGUCCAAAUUGUGCAGUGAACUUUGUCUGCUCGAUCCCAAGCUGUUAUCCGCUUGCAUGUACUUCUAUUCGACUGUUUGUGAAUAUCUACUCUAUCAGAUUGAGGGUCGCACCGUUGAGGGUCCAUACAUAGCCAAGGUGCCGGUGCAACAGUUGAAGCCAACCGAUGCACUAGCUGCGCUGCCGGAAUGGUAUGUGGACGAUAUAGCCGAAUUCAUAUUGUUCGCCAUGCAACAUGCACUCAAUGAUAUACGGCAGACAAUCGAUCAUUCGAUAAUCACAUGGCUGCUAACAUGCGUCUGUGUGCCCAAUCUCAUUAAGAAUCCUUACGUCACUGCCAAAUUAGUUGAAGUGUUAUUUGUCUUCUCGCUGGGACCACAAAAUGCGCUAAGUGCAUCUAUGUGGAAUCACGAACUCGCACAGACGGUACUUUGCAGCGCGCUCAUGAAAUUUUACGUAGAUAUUGAAACGACUGGACAAAGCACUGAAUUCUACGAUAAAUUUACAAUUAGGUAUCACAUAAGUCAUCUAUUUAAAUCAAUGUGGGAGAAUCCUGUACUGCGACAGGUUAUGAUCACUGAAUCGAAUUCGGGUAAACAAUUUGUGAAAUUCAUAAAUAUGCUCAUGAACGACACCACAUUCCUGCUGGACGAAUGUUUGGAAAAUCUAAAGCGCAUACAUCAGACCCAGGUAUUAAUGAUGAACGACAGUGCUUGGGCGCAAUUGAGUUCUGACCAGCAGCAGACUAGAUUAUCGCAAUUGAAUACCGAUGAACGGCAAUGUCGUUCGUAUUUGACGCUUGCGCGCGAAACAGUGGAAAUGUUUCAUUAUUUAACGAACGACAUUAAAGAGCCAUUCAUGCGCGACGAAAUCAUCGAUCGUCUCAGUUCAAUGUUAAAUUUCAAUUUACAACAACUGUGCGGCCCCAAGUGCAAUGAUCUGAAAGUACGUAAUCCCACCAAAUAUGGUUGGGAGCCACGUCGGCUGUUGGGUGAAAUUUUCGAUAUAUAUCUACAUCUAGACUGUGAUAGAUUUGCGCAGGCAUUGGCUGCCGAUGAACGUUCAUUUCAGAAGCAUCUAUUCGACGAUGCUGCCAGUCGCAUCGAACGUUUGGGCAUACGCUCCACAAUUGAGGUGGAAAAGUUCAGAGCAUUGAUUAGUAAAGCGCAUGAUAUUUAUGUUGCUAAUCAACUAGCCGAAGAUGAGUGCGCCGAUGCGCCCGAUGAAUUCAAAGAUCCUCUAAUGGAUACACUCAUGUCCGAUCCGGUUAUACUGCCAUCGGGUACGAUUAUGGAUCGUGCUAUUAUAACGCGACAUUUACUCAAUAGCAGUACGGAUCCAUUCAAUCGUCAGCCGCUAACCGAAGAUAUGCUCGUGCCAAAUAAUGAGCUGAAAGAACGUAUAGACGCUUGGCGGAAAGAGCAGCGUUUCAAAAGACAACAGGAUCAGAGUGUUUGCGUAAAUGAUAAGAGCAGCUAAAUUGUAUUAAUUAGUGUAACGCACGAUGACAGACAGACAGCGGAGAAAUAAGAAAAAAAAAAAAACAAAAAUUUAGUCGCUAUCGUACGUUGCUGCUGCUCGCUGUCGCUGAUACAACAACUUAUCCGGUUGUUUGUUGGCGUAUAUUGAACAUGAAUCGAAUUUUAAUUAGUUGUUUUGUGUGUGUGCGUGUGUCUGAACAGAAAAAAAAAGAAAAAAAAAAAAACAAAUACCGAACAGAAUUGUGUUACUUGCGAUUGCUGUUGCUGCUUCGAAACAUAUUUAUUUACCUCGAAUACUGUUUUUUGAGGUACUCUACUAUGCAUAUUCCAUUGAGUUUUUUCAUUUGUUAUAUUUUUGCGGUUGAACGCAGUUGCCGUUGCAGUUGCGAAUAUGUAACGCUGCGUCGCAUAUGCAUUUUUUUCGUAAUUAUAAUUUUUUUGUACGAUGAUUUGUUUUUGUUGUUACAAGAAUGAAAGAAAAGGAAACAGAUGAUACCGUCAAAAUAAUUCAUAUUUUUGCUUUAUUUAUGCCACUCUUUUUUUUCUGUGUGUCUUUGUAUUUGUAAUUAGUAGUGAACUCUCUAGUGUGGAUAUGUGUCCGUUAUUAAGCAGCUGAAAAAUAAUUUUGUUUAUACAUACAUACAUACAUUAUAUGCUACGGAAGUGAAAGAAAACACACAGCAACGCAGUAGUUGUAAUAAAUGUUGGUUCCAUAUCCGCCCUGCUGCUUCAAUAAUACAACAACAACAUAUGUACAUGCAUAUAUUGUCAAUUUAUUUGAAUAUACGUAUACACCAACGUACAUAAGUUAAUUAGCAGAAAAAGAAGAAGAAAAAACAGUAACGCAAACGAAAAACGAACAACAACAACAACAGCAAAAAAAAGAAAGUAAUGUAAAAUUGAAACACAAAAAAGGCGUUCGAAAAUACGAUUUUUUUUAUGUAAGCAUUAGUUUGAAGCUAAUAAUAAUAAUAUAAAUUUAAUUAUAAUAAAACAACAACAACAAGAAAAAAAUAUAAAUAAUUAUCAAAUUAAAUUGCAAAUAUAUGCGUAACGAUACGAUGGCCUAUAUUUGAUUUAAUACAAUUUUUACAUAUAUGAGUACAUAAUAAAUGCAUAUAUAUAAACAAAAAAUAGUAUAUAUAUAUACAUACAUCUAUCUAAGUACAUACAUAUAUAUAAAAAGAAACACAGAAAUUACAUACAUAUAAAUAAAUAGUAAUAUUAAUUUGUAAGCUAUCUAUAUUAGCAUUAAAUGGCGACGCCAUUGCCGCCGCGCAUAAAAUAAAAAACGUAAGUUCUUGAAAAGAUGUUCAAAAAAAACAAAAACAA